AUGGCCACUGGCAAUCCAGAGCAAGGUAGAGCUUCAAAUGUUGUGUUCUUGACUCUCAGUGUUCAGCAAAUACAAGAGCUUUCCAGCGCCUACUUCAACACAUUCAAUGUUCUCUUACCAGUCCUCAAUCGAGAGACAUUUAUGAAUGGCACUGUGGCGAGACUCCUGCGGGACGGCUACGGAGAUGGCGAUUCCGGCAGUGUUGUGGCUCUUCUGGUCUUCGCGCUGGGCACUGUAGCGCUCGACGGUGUGUUCGAGAGACCUGUCAGCGUCGUCAACGGUCAGCCAAGUGGCUUCCGUGGCGGCACUAUUGAUCACCCACCGGGACUCGCUCUAUUCCACGAAGCCAGAAGAAGACUUGGCUUCAUCUGGACGCAAUACACCUUGGAGAAUGUCCAGCUCAAUCUACUACAAGCUACCUAUUACGAAGCGACAUCGCGGCAUCUAGACUUCUGGCGCUGCACAGUCGCCGCUUCGAUGGUGUGCCAAGUCUUAAUUCGUUGCGAGCAAGUCGACUGGUCAUCUGCUACAGGCGACCUUGUGAAACGUGCAUAUUGGACUUGCGUCCUCAGCGAAGAUCUAUACCACCUAGAUCUCGACUUCCUGCAAACCGGCAUACACACCAUGGAGGACGAAGUACCCCUACCAUACUUCCACGAAGCACAAGAGCAACACCAAGGCAGCAGUGUCGCAGUAGGUUCCGCCCAGGCCAAUCAAGAGCGCAGUCAUUCCCAGUACCAAUUCCUCGCCAUGAUUGCGCUACGACGCCUCAUCGCACGCAUCCACAACGUGAUACAUGAUUCAUCCUCGGCCCAGGCGGAGAACUUUGACUACUAUGGCGGUCCGCCUGUGGCCGUUAUUCGGGAAAUGAUGAGGCAACUAGAUAGUUGGAGAGCUCUACUCCCGCGACCUCUGCAGUGGAGCGACAAUAAUAGGUUCGACUUCCCAGCUACGAACCCCAUGAUCAGGCGGCCGAACGAACCACUUUUCAGUCCGGAUCAGGGUCCGGUACCAAUUGGACACAAGUAUAAUUUGGAUGUUGUAACGGCACAACUUCGGACAAGAUUCUACUAUGCUCGGUUUAUGAUGUAUCGACCGUUCGUGUACAAAGCGCUGCAUUUUCCGGAGCUGAUGACGGCGGAGGAUGGUAAUUGCUGCGGUUUCGCUCUUAAGAGCGCGUGUACGUGGCCGCUCGCCAUGGCACCGCCGAAGAACAAGAAGAGGCUAGUCCUGCACGUGUCCGCGUGGACGCAGAACUUCAUGGGCAUUCUGCUUGUGCUUAAUAUGUGUUGGGUGAACGAUUGUUUACGACAGAUUGUUGACGAGGGUACUAUAGUUAGUAGGCGGGAGAUUGAAAGCACCACCGGUCUCUUGCUAGAGUGGAUGAGAGAUGUGAAGCAGGUGGAUGGAAUUGCAGAAUGGAGUUGGGGCAUACUGGAGCUGUUGUACGACCUCCGACCAGAACGAUGA